UUUGUUGUGUUCAUAACCAGCGUUUUUGAAGAUACCAGCCUUUCCGUAUCCAAGUAGACAAGAAAUUUGUCUCGAAUGGCUAAAAUUGCUGUGAGUAGGUGUUGCAAAAAUGGCCGCCAAGUGCGAUGACUUCCCUACAGGGACUUUGGCAAAGUGCCCCGCCUUUUUAAGGCAGGUAAUGCAAAUCACUCAGCACACUGUGAUAUUGACAUACCUUUUGAAUAAGCAGUAGGAGACUGACUGAUACUCAUCGGGCCAAUAAGUUAAGUGCUUGUUAUCAUACCAGUCUAAACGCGCGCUGCUUCUUUGCCAAGUAAAAGAUCAGAGAACAACAUGGUGAGCAGUCGGGUAGGGGCCAACAGACGUGAAAUAAAGCAAUACGUGAAAGAAUCGCAUGAGUAUUCGUGCGACAGUUCACCGCUGCCCGGAGCUCCUGCUUAUGAAAGUGGACCUAAUCUACCCGUACCAGCACAUAGCCUGCCAGACCUGCAACCUGAUUGGGACGAGCAAAAGGCCUGCACUGCUGAAGCGCCUAUUAAAUCAGGACGAAAGAAAAAGCUAAUUUCAGAAAGAAAAUACCUUGGUGUCAGAGUGAAAAUGCCAGUGCGUGACAUGCUCCGAGAAAUACGGAUAGCCCAGGGGGUUGACCCCAAAGAUCAACAGGGGAAACUCUCAAAGGGCUCCAAAGGUGAUCGGAAACGAGUGAACACCAGUGUAAAUCGCAAGAAUCAUCUGAAAAAAAUGCAAACAAAGGGUUUGGAGGAGCUUGCGAUUAUAGUCGAAGUGUUGGAAGAGGAUCUAAAAGCCUGUCAAUCAUACAAGUCGGCAAACAAAAGGCUUUCAAGUUUAUACUACACGGAGUAUAAAGAGAAGUUAUGGGGUGAAGAUUCAUCUGAGCAGGGUUUCAUGACCAUGUAUGACCAAGACAGCGAGUUGCCAUUGUCUCCAAGCCACUGUGUACCUCAAGAGAGCUCGCCUGUUCAUUCUACAUCCAGCUUUUCCCCCUCCCCUGCUUACAACCAGGGUACCCAUGUUUACUUUGAGAACCAAGAAGAAUAUCACAAUUACGAGGCAGAUGACAAUAGGUAUAGUGAUCAAUGUGGCGUGACCUACGGUCUUGCCAAUUCACACAAACACCAGGUUCCUUCCCCCGAAAAAUCAUUCUAUGUCACUCGCAACCCAGGCGGUCAGGAGGUUACCCCCGAAAAGAUGAACGUUUCACCAUUGCCCAGUUCUCCGCAGGAGGAGUGGAGCAUUAUGACCUUUUUCUGGACACAAAUGGAAAGAGAGGAAAAUCUGUUGAAGGAAAUAUCCGAUCAAGAGCUUCUUGCCGUGGAUGAAAAUGGGAGAAUCUUGUUACACAGAGCAGUCGAGGAGGGAAAAAGAGCCCUCGUAUAUGUUAUUGCCAGACGAAUGGCAGCUCUGAAGAAACUGGAUAUGAGAGAUUUAGAGGGAAAGACCCCCCUUCAUCUCGCAGCACAGAGAAAUCAACACUUCAUGGUGUCUGAUUUAGUGUCACUUGGCGCGAGUAUUAAUGAAAAGGACAAUUAUGGGAAAACCUGUCUCCAUCUCAGUGCAGAGAACGGAUACGUUAGAGUCCUGGAGGUCCUGAAAGGUUUCAUGAGAAACGGUAUCUAUAUAAAUUUGGAGGAAAGAGAUGCAAACGGACUUAGUGCGCUGCAGUGUGCAGCAGUAGCACUUAACAGCACGGUACGAGAACUGAAACUGUGCGAGUCUGCAGGUCAAGUCACGCUACAAACGCUUCGCAAAGAACAGAUGAUGGAAACACUCGAGUGUCUACUGCAAAUGGAGUACUACUUACACGCUUUGGAUCAGGUUCACAUUACUAAGAUGAAAAGAGCUUCUGAUUUAAAGUCAUGUGAACCAACCCUGUGUCAGUCACAUGAAUUCAAGACCAUUAGCAACAUGCCUUAAUGGUUUGGAUACAGGUGCAGCUGCUUCUAGCAAGAAGAGUCGAUUGUCUGCCAAGCAAGGCAGUGCUUUUAACUGACGGUAAAUGUUUUUGAGUUAAUACAAGCUUUAACCUGCCACUGAAUAUUAAAUAUGUAUGCGCAUAGUAAUGGUGCAGUAAUCUUUUUUCUUUUUUAAUGAGAAAGAUGAGUAAUAUAUUUUAUGGCAUGGUUAGGCUAUGUAUUGUGCAACUGUAUGUUUUGUUCACUGCGAAACACAAUGGUUGCCUAUUAGCUGGUUUCUAUGAAACUUCCACUGUUUGUUACGUUUGAGUAGCAAAACGUCUAAAUAGAUGUCAAUAAUGAGGUUUAUACUGUGAGUCUGUUAAGCACCACGGUAGUUUCUACUUGCUCUAUGAGUGAGUAGUUUUGAUGUUUUUUUAACCAUUUACAGUAGUGCUCAAAAGUGAUGUCUUGGGGGGAUUUGUACAGGAUUCGCUUUUAAUGGCCUGUCAGGUUAAAUUAAACCAUCAAAAUAUGAGAUGUUUUGUACAAAACUGACGUUAAAUUGACAAAAUUAUUUGGCAAAAUUAUUGAAUUUUUGUUAAAAUUUGGUAAUCUGGAUUUUAUUUGAAAUACAAAAAACCUUAGAAAACUAAAAGCUUAUAGGUACUAAAGCAUACAUUGACUACAGUUUAAUCUGUUGUUAAUAGUUGUUAUCCUGGACCACAAAAUCAAGUCUUAAGUCACAUGGGUAUAUUUGUAGCAAUAGUCAACAAUACAUGUAUGAGUCAAAAUUAUCGAUUUUUUUUAUGCCAGAAAUCAGUAGGAUAUUUUGUGAAUUUCCUACCAUUAAUGUAUAAAAACUUUAUAAAACCUUAAAAAAAAAAAACUCCUAACAAACCAUACUUUAAUGGAAAGCUAUUUAUUCGACUUUCAAAUGAUGUAUAAAUCUUUAAAAAUGGCCCUUAUGACUGGUUUUGUGGUCCAUGGUCACAUUUUUUAAUUCUCUUUAGUUGUAAUAUUUUGUAGUCAUUGUCCUCGGCUGUGAUUUUUAUACUUUGAUCAUGUGUUGUGUGUAAUUGUUUAGCCAAGCUUCUUUAAAUUCUCAAAGCUCAGCUAUAGAUUAUACUCCAAACGCACCAAUGUAACAUACAUGCAUAACAUUUUUUAAUGCAUCUUUAUUAAAAUAUUUGAAUAAACAAAGAAGAUCAAUCGUUCAAAGUGCGACAUCACUUUUGCCCACUACCGUAUGUACACAUACAUAAAUGGUUUUGGUUAUUUUCCUCUUUGCCAAGUUGAAAGUGGAGUAUUUUGAUAUGGAUUUUUAUUUGCCCAUGUCUUGUUUAUGUAAUAUGUUCGUAAAAAACCUAUAAGCAUUGAUUUAGUUUGAAUUCAAGUUAGCUAGCGUCUGGGGUAAUUUUUUUUAUAACAUUCGUAUUACUAUUACAAAUAUUGGGAACUGGUUACUGUGUGUUUAAUGUGUGCUUUAUUUUUUUUAACAAGCAUUCACUUUGACAUCAUAAUUGUAGUCCUGAUUUAAUUUGCUUAAUCACUUCAUAUCAGGCGCAAAGCUGUAAUGAAUACUAGUCUAUAAGGUUUUUCACCGACAUAAUGUGUUUUUUUUUUUGAGACAUAGUGAUCUACUGUGAUAUUUUUUUUGUUGUUGGUGUUGGAUGUCUUGUAUAUUAUUAAACGAUAUAUAGUAAUAUUAGAUUAUGCAGGCACACAGAGGGUGAAACAUGAAAGAUUUGUUUGUUAUUUGUUAUUUGUUUUGUUUUGUUUUUCAAAUGGGAUGUGUUUAUAUGAAUAAGCAGUUUAAAACAUUCAUAGUGUGUUGGCUGUAUAUUAAUGGAUAUGAAUAUACAUCUGUUAAGAUUAUUAAAGCAUACACAGAAGAAACAUGAGUUUAGGUGAAACCCAAAUUAUCUGAAUGCAUCAAAUGGGAUCUGUGUACAUGAAUAAGCAGUUAAAAACAAAGUAGACAUUUAUAGCAGGAAAGCAGGACUACAUUUAGUAAUAGGGGAUAUAUUGUUUUGCAUAUUUUUGGUGUUAAUGUUACAAUGUAUAAGGUAGAGUUUUAAAGUGUAUUGGUGUUGUUAAUGGAGUUUACUUACUCUUAUUAGUUAACCUAAUGUAAUGACCAACGGUUUAUAAACACCUAUAUCCAUAAAUCUUUGAUGUGUCACCAGAAUAUUAAAUGUGAAAUCUUUAAUAUUGUUUUAAUAACAAUAAAAGCAUUUACCUGUUUUAGAUAGAUUUGGAUUUUGUCUUCUAUUCUAUAAGCAUAUUAAAGUGUAAUAACUUUCCUUUAGACCAUCAUUGACAAAAAUACUGGGACAAAAAUUGUAUCAGGUCACAAAAUGUCACUGAAAAUUGUACGGGCAGAAUGUUUUUUAUUUCAUUUAUUUUCAACAACACAAGGUGUUCUCAAACUACGGCCAUGUGUUUGGUUAUUCAUCAUCAUGCGUAUAUGUAAAGCAGAUUUUUGUAUUAUUGGUAUUGGGAGUUAUUUUUCCAUUACUCUGGAGUUCUCAUAAACUUAAAUUAUGAGUUUUUGCCAUCAGUCAUCUCGUACAGUAUAGUACGCAGGUUUGUGCCAGAGGCAUUACAGGGCAGGUUUGUACAGAUGAGAUACCGGCGUAAUUACCAUGUUGCAUUGUUGUGCUCAUCCUGACCCUGUUCAAAAGAGAGAAAUGUCUUGCUAUUGUAAUGGACAUUUGUUGUUACACAUACUGCUGGGGAGAAAAUAAUAAAGCUUUUAUAUUCAAGUCAUGCUGUCUUGUGUUCUUUUGCGUGAAGGUGUGCAGGCAUUCGAUUUAUUUCAUUUUCUACAUUAAUGUGAAGUGACAAUCAAUGAUACAGGAGUCAAACAGGAUAGUUUUUCUUUUUUUGUUGCCUUGAGCAGCGCACUGUUGAAAAUAUGUGAAGUGUAUGUAGGUCUAUACAUGCAUAUUUAACCAACAGUUGCAAUCCCCUCGUGUACAC